AACUGGUUAUCGGUUGUGGUAGCCUAUAUAACCUGGCACUAACUCCACUGGAUCGAGAAUGAGAAUUGUUCAUGGAAUAAUCAUCGCUUUUGCUGAUUUGAAUACCCGUGGGUUCUAUGGAAGCUCAAUCAUUCGGUCGUACAGGUUUUCUCCAAGACUUAUAUCUCUAGAGGCUAAACAUAUGCUACUGAAUGCUCCUAGAUCUUGAAUCUGGUCACAGAUCGACAAAAGGCUCGGCUCUACACAAAUCCUGUUCACAGGAAAGCUGCGAUCCUGGGGUGGAGCUGGUCGAUAAGCAGAGGUAUGGGCUAAUCAACAAGUUUACACGAGCCAUCAGUAAUAUACGCAUCCACUCAGCAAUAUGGGCUUGCUCAUGGUUUUCAGACAUUGAGAAGUUAAGUUCUUCAAUAAGUCUGUUUUGUAGAGACGUUGGGAGCAUGUCGCGUCCUUCCCAGGGUUCUUGGGGAAGCACGGCUUGCUUGACUUGGGCUGAUAUGGUGAAUACUGACAAGAAGGCUGGCAUAGCUUGGUGCUGGAAUGGUAGGACAAGUUGUCUGAUAAGAUCCACCCAGUCUAUUUCUGACGGAAAGGCUCCAUUUCGUUCCUGGGAUGGCCGUGCUCACCUGCUAUCAGACACCUAAAGCAGUACACCAAAUCAAGGGACAUGGAUAUACUAUGAGAGCCUUCCUAA